AUGGGACUUAUGCGAGCUCAUAGUGUGCCGAAAUCUACCCGGAUACUAUUAGGAGCACUACUCACAGUUACGACGCUACUAUUUGUUUUCAAGUAUCGAAUUUACAAUCAAUCACAAGGCCAACCAAAUGCAGCACGAUUCCAACAGAUACACAUACCAUUUAUUCAGCUAAUACCCAGCUCCACCAUUAGGAACCCAUGGGUUUUGUUUCUGGCCAUAUUUGCCGAGACGAGCUUGAUAACUUUUGUCUUUUCGUUUGUGGUGUUGUACAUUGGAAGCAAAUUUGUCGAGAGAUUUUGGGGCCAGUUUGAAGUGGUCAAGUUCAUUUUGGUUGUUGGUGGGGUCACCAACUUGAUCACAGUUUUGGUUGCCAUUGUUUCCAACUUGGUGAGACAGGAUUUGAAAAGCAUGAACUUGCCAUUGGGCGGAGGCAUAUCUUACUAUUUUGGGUUUCUCGUUGUUUUCAAGCAAUUGAUACCCGAGCACAAUAUUGUCUUGUUUCGAGGCUUGGUCAACUUUAGAGUCAAGCACUUGCCGUUUGCGUUUAUGAUCAUCUUGACGAUCUGGUCGGCUGUGAUCAGCCAAUCGUUGUACCCGGCAGUUCCUUCAAUCACAAGCUUCUUUAUUGCCUAUUUCUACUUGAGGUUUUUCCAGCUGUUGAGGACAGAUCCGACAUUGCCCAUAUCUACCAAUGAUGCAACAAACAGCUCGGUCUUGGUCGGUGACGCCUCUGACACCUUCCAAUUGGUGGAGUUUUUCCCCAAGACUCUAAAGCCAUACUUGAGCCCCGUGUUUGAGCAAGUAUACCAGUUUGCAGUAUUUUUGGCAGUAAUAACCCCAUUCAACGACGAGGCUGUGACCCAGAGCAACUCCAGAGCCCAAAAGAGACAAGAACAAGCCAACCAGGCCACCAAGAGUAUAGCGAGCUCUGUGGCUGAAAGAAGAAGGCAAGUGGCAUUGCAAGUGAUUGAAGAUAGAAUAAAUAAGGGAUCGACUUCAAGCUGA